GUAAUCAUUCUGAAUUUCAAAGAAAUGAAGGAGUAACAGAAAAUUUGACUUUAGAAAACUAUCCUAAUUUGGAAGCAAUAAAAAUAGUAGGAACUUUUUUAACUGAAUUAAAAAUUAGUAAUUGUCCUAAACUCAAAGAAAUUGAUUUGGAUGAAAAUCAUAAAUUAAACAAGUUAGAAAUC